GUAAUAGAGGAGUGAGCUGAGACUGAUAUUGACUAAGAAGAAGAAGAGGCAGCAGCAGCAGCUGUGGAAUAGUGAAGAUGAGGAAGAAGGUGGGUAGUAGUGCAGUGCCAACAAGAAUGAUUGUAAUGGCAGUCAUGUUAUGCUCACUCGAGUUAAUCGGUGCUUCUGGUUCGCAACUCAGACGAAGUCUACUUGCCAAUGGCCUUGGAGCAACUCCUCCAAUGGGGUGGAAUAGUUGGAACCACUUCAACUGCAAAAUUGAGGAGAAAACCAUUAAAGAAACUGCUGAUGCUCUGGUGUCCACUGGUCUCUCUAAACUUGGAUAUACCUAUGUCAACAUAGAUGAUUGCUGGGCCGAAUUAGCUCGCGAUGUUAAGGGUAAUCUUGUGGCCAAGAAAUCGGCAUUUCCAUCAGGCAUCAAAGCUCUUGCAGAUUAUGUCCACAGCAAGGGUCUUAAGCUAGGAAUCUACUCAGAUGCAGGGUACUUUACUUGCAGCAAAACCAUGCCGGGUUCACUUGGUCAUGAAGAACAAGAUGCCAAUACCUUUUCUGCUUGGGGUAUCGAUUAUUUGAAGUAUGAUAACUGUUACAAUGAUGGCUCAAACCCCACUGUUAGAUACCCUGUAAUGACCCGAGCUCUGAUGAAAGCAGGCCGUCCCAUAUUCUUUUCUCUCUGCGAAUGGGGAGAUAUGCACCCUGCGUUAUGGGGUGCCAAGUUAGGAAAUAGCUGGAGAACUACAAAGGACAUUUCUGAUACAUGGGAUAGUAUGGUCUCCAGAGCAGACAUGAAUGAAGUUUAUGCUGAUUAUGGCAGGCCUGGUGGUUGGAAUGAUCCAGACAUGCUUGAAGUGGGAAAUGGAGGAAUGACAAAAGAUGAAUAUAAAGUCCAUUUUAGCAUUUGGGCCAUAUCAAAGGCUCCCCUUCUUCUUGGUUGUGAUGUGAGGAAUAUGACAAAAGAGACUCUUGAGAUCGUUGCAAAUAAAGAGGUCAUCUCUAUCAACCAAGAUCCACUUGGUGUCCAAGCUAAAAAGGUUAGAUGGGAAGGAGAUCUUGAGAUUUGGGCUGGGCCACUAUCAGGGUACAGAGUAGCUUUACUACUUAUCAACCAAGGACCUUGGAGCAAUUCAAUUACAGCUCAAUGGGAAGACAUAGGGAUCCCCCCAAAUACUGUUGUUGAAGCAAGAGAUCUUUGGGAGCACAAGACACUCAAGACAAGCUUUGUUGGAAACUUAACUGCCACCAUGAACUCUCAUGCCUGCAAAAUGUAUGUGUUGAAGCCAAUCUCAUGAAUACCAUGAAUAUAAUUCAGUUGGAUAUUCUGAAUUAAAAAGCUUAAAUUACAGGAGCUUCAUAAUAAAUAAUGUCUUUAUUUUGAAACGCUACGAU